AUGGCUGAUCCCGGCGGGCAAGGUGGCAUGGUUUUCGACAGUCUGAGUGUCGCGAAUCUCAGACAAGAAUGUGAAGACCGUGGGCUUGAUAGUUGGGCUAACAAAGAGGAGCUUCUAACACGUUUAGACGCGUAUUAUGGUGUGGUGGGCGCGUCUUCAAUACUCUCGUCGUCAAAGACUUGAAAGCGGAAUGCAGAAAACGUGGAAUAACAACUGGUGGUACAAAACCUGUUCUUAUAGCACGGCUAGAUGAGUAUGAGUGGCAACGGAGACACAGCCCAGAAACGCGUGCUGCGGAUUUGAAAGGGGAGUGCAAAAAGUUUGGCCUCAAGGGUUAUAGUAGCUUAAGAAAGGAGGAGCUCAUACAACGCUUAGACGAGUAUUACAAGUAUAGACGACCUGGCCAUAUUCCACCCCCAGCUCCAAAUCCAUUUCCUGUAAACGUACCACCAAGUCCAAUUCAAAACCAACCUUCAGGCCCACCUCCUGAAAUCGUUCUUCCAGUUCCAGCACCAAAUCCAAACCAACGACGACGGCGACCGCUUUCUCUUCCUCUCCCUGCUGCAACCUCAUUAUCAAGUCCAAAUCAACGCCGAACUCAACGGUCUUCGAGUUUGCUAAAUCCAAAUCAAGCUCUACGUCCACCCUCACCUCGACGCGCACCUCCUUACCCACCUCGUCCUGAAGAUGAUCUAUAUCUAGAUCCUAUUCCAGGCCAUGCUCUACACUUUGCCCAGAAUGUAGCAUCAACUAGCAGGAAAAGACCUCGGAGCUCAACCGGGAACAACGGAGAUAGGGACGCACCUUCUUCAAGUAAAUAUGUCAAGCUACCUAAUGAAGGUAGGGUAGCAGCCAAACCUCAGCAACCCCGACCGCCUGGUGGUCCGUCGACUUAUCGCCGGGGAGCAAGCGCCCCACCAACAGAAGUUUACGUAGAUCGAAAAAACCGCUUCAUAGUGCGAGCUACUCGAUUAAUCCUUGACUCCACGCGUAACAAGAAAGAAAAGAGAGAGAUUAAAUCAGCAUUCGUGGACCGAGAUUUUAAGAGCAAGGAGUACGACGGAAAUGUAGUGGCCCAAUAUGCGCCGCUUGGCUCGGAGGCUGGUCCUUCGGAUGAUUGGAUGACAGUGGAGGAUUGGGUAGAAUUUGAGAAAGAUACGGAAGCUGGUGAGGCAGAGGGAGGGGGAGCUGGGGCAGCCCAACGUUCAGGCUGGGAGGGGGUCAAAGAUCGUGCUGAGGAUGGGUCUAGUUCCGAUUCUAGUGAAGAGUCUGAUCCAGUGUCAAGGGAAUUCAACCCGUAUGAAGGAAAACCUGGAUAUGACGUUUUUGGGGGUGGGGGUGAAGGCACAAUAGAAGAGUAG